GGGAGGCUGGAUUGCGGAAGUAAAUUAUCGGAGGGGGGAAGAAGGAAGCGGACAACCGAGGGUUCAUUGAAUGCGUUUAUAGGCCGUGGUUACAACAAAAUAGUGUUUCGGCAAGAAAUCAGGUAAAUAUUUCGCACAAUGUCAAAGAACACCGUGUCCGAUCGUUUCAGGAAGGUCGACGUGGACGAGUACGAUGAGAACAAGUUUGUCGAUGAAGAGGAUGGCGGAGAGAAUCAGUCAGGUCCAGAUGAGGCAGAAGUCGACUCCCUGAUAAGACAGGGGAAUUUGAUGGGUGCUCUCCAGGCUGUUCUGAAGAACCCACCGAUUAACACAAAGAACCAGAAUGUGAAGGACCGCGCAGAGGUGCUGGUUCUGAAAGUGCUCAGCUCCUUCAAGAGCAGCGAUAUCGAGAAGGCAGUCCAGGCGCUGGACAAGAACGGCGUUGAUCUCCUAAUGAAAUAUAUCUACAAGGGCUUCGAAAGGCCGUCUGAGAACAGUAGUGCCAUCUUGCUGCAGUGGCAUGAAAAGGCUCUGUCGGCGGGAGGCGUGGGCUCCAUCGUGCGAGUCUUAACCGCUAGGAGGACGGUCUGACAGGACUGACGGGGUUUCCCAUGCAUUGCCAGACGGGCCCCCCACCACAGAACCUGGCCACCUAUCACAGCUAUUCUGUCCAUUCCCGUUUCUUUGUUCUCCUUGCUCCCUGGUUCCAGAAUCUUCUUGUUUUUGUUUUUUUUAGCCCCCUCUCUCUUUGUCCACCUGUACUUCCUUGAAUCCUUCAUAUUGACGCUGUUCUGUGCAGGGGUUGUGGUACCUGGCUUCAGGAAGUUCAUGCUGGUGGUUCUCCAUUCAUAUUGACAUAGAUCUGCUUUGAAGAACCUAAGGUUCUUUGACAGAGUACCUUAAAUUCUCUUAGUAGGAGUAGGAGAUGUGGGCCGGAAGUAUUACUCUGUAAAUUACCCCCCUAGAGCCUCCAGUUAUGUACCAGUUUAAUCUCGACAUCUCAAAUUCCUUGGGCACUGGAAAUUACAGUUCACUUAAUGACCAGACCAGAUUGAAUCUUCUCCACAGCUGAAUUAUUUGGGAUUUUUGCCUAGUGUUAACCAAAUAGUGUUUUUGGGAUGGAAAUUUAACCCUUUUUUGUUUCCUGAAACAUGAUGCGGCGAUGUCACGAUAGCUGUCUUCUUUACAUCCCCCGAUCAGGUUAUUGCUUUGGAAUAAUGUCACCAUGUGGUCCAUGGAAACGGAAGAAUGGAGGGCUGGUGAUUGAUUAAGCCUGUUGUCUUAAAUUUACUGCAACUUUUUUCCAUCUGGUGAAUCUGCACAGUUGUGUGAGCUGUAAACGUCCGAACCUUUACCUGCUGUUGAUGUUGAUCUCGGUCCUGAAACGGUGUCCCUGCAAAAGGUCCUCUGAUCUGUGACUUGGAGUGAUCUGUAUUUUCACUUUGAGCUGCAGAACCAAGCUGUUCAGUAUUACAUGAUGGCCUAUCAAAGACACACUUGGGUUGAACAACUUCUCCUUGACCACCAGGCAGUGUUUUGGGACCAAAAAUAUAGUAAAUAUGGUAAAGUGGGUGUAUGUAUUUUUUUUAAAGAAUAAUAUGGAUAUUUUGUACUUUAUUUGUUGUAGUAGAAAUUAAUGGUGCAAUAGACGAAUUUUCUAAUUUACCUGGAAACCAACUGAUUGGACUGUAAAUUUUCUAUUGGUCUAACUUGAAAUCUUUAACCUUUUUUCCUUUAAUAUUCUGCUUUAAUCACCUCUAUUCCACAUCUUUCCUGUUUCCCCAGUCUGGGCCCUUUCUGCAUUUAUUUUCUCCUCCCUUCAUCUGUGCUUUGAUUUUGUACGAUUGUCCUAUAAGCUGUUCUGAAGAAAAAAAUUAAAGCAAUUUCUUUAUUUGAUCUUACGUCAUACCUUAAAAUAUUUCUUUUUUCCUGCAAAUAAUAACCCAAAGUCAGACUCGCAUGCCUCUGCUAUGGAAUAACUUUCACUGUGACCGUGAAACUUACAGGAAAUAAACUGUAAAUUCCAAUUUCCUAGCUUUGGUGACUACAGUAUAUGAUACUUUUGUGGCGAACUGCCUUCGUUCCAUGAGCAAAGCCAUUAAGAAACAAGAACCUUUAUCUCAGGGUUCCCCUAUUCCGGUCCUGGAGGGCCAGAAUCCAACAAAGUUUGCAGGUUUCCCUGAUCAAACACACCUACUAAACUUGGUAAUUGGCUGAUUAAGAUGUGUUUAAGCAAGGAAAUCCAUGAUGGAUUCUGGCCCUCCAGGACCGGACUUGGGAAGCCCUGCUUUAGGCCAUAGGGUCUGAGACAGCUAGAUAUAGUGCAUGGUAUUUUUUUUCUCUUUAAUGGUCGUAUGCGAUCAAAGCCAUUGUUGCCUGUAGGCCUGUAAAGUUGCGGUCUGCUCUCAUGAAAGCCGUCUCUUGGCUGCUGGUGGUUCACGUGUGGUGAAACUCUGCUCUCGUUCUUUAGAUCUGCAGUAUCCCCGAAUUAGCCCUGAAACCAAUUGGUCUAGCUGUGUUAGCAUUUCUAUGUGCUGUUUAGUCGGGGACCACCUUCUUUAUUUUUCAAUUUUAAAAACAUUGAUUUUAUAUAUAUAUAUAUAUAUAUAUAUAUAUAUAUAUAUAUAUAUAUAUAUAUAUAUAUAUAUAUAUAUAUAUAUAUAAAAUUGUAACUUUUCACAGAAGUGUGAAAAUGUAUGCAGUGUUGGGAAUUACUCUUAAGCUAGAGGAACAGCCCUAAUUUGUGUACAAAAUGCCUUAUUAAGAAUUAUUGUAUGUGAUUUUGGGAAAAACAUUAAAGUGUAUGUACAUG